AUGCAUACUACCUAUGUGAGGAUCGACAGGAAGAUGUCGUGCAGUCACACCAACUACAAGCUGGACGAGGCGCAGGCCAUCUUCCACGAGCUGCGCAGCAUCAAGAAGACCAUCAGCUCGGGAGAGAAGGAGAGGCAGGACCUCAUCCAGAGUCUGGCCAAGCUGACAGUGAACCUGCAAGGCAGUCUGAGUGCGGGCGACUCGGCUGGCGAGGCGGGCAUCAACAGUGCUGGGGCGCCAUGCGAGCCGGGCGGCGGGCAGCAGCUGUACUGCGACUCCGGCUGCCAGACUGACAUCAUGGGCGAGGACUCCUCACACCUGGUAGACAAAGUCAAAGUCAGCUGGCAGUACGAGGAGGCCAAGAAGAAGGUGCAGAGCAUCCAGCACCAGCUAGCGCAGCUGGACAGUGAGAGUUGGUCUGGGCGUGCUGAGGCCGAGCGUGACCGUGACUUAGUGCAGCUCCUGCGGGAGAAGGAGGUCCUCCUGCAGGAGCUCAGUCUGGUCAGCAGGCAGCAGCACGCACCUGACACCCUCAUGCAGCUGGAGGAGGAGCGACGCCGCCUGGAGGACGAGGUGCAGAGAGCACACGCCUUGCAGAGCCAGGGAGCCAAUCAGAGGAUGCUGCAGCAGGAGAAGAGGAACGUGUUGCUGAGACAGUUGGAAGAAGCAACACGUAUUACUACUUAUAUACACUCACAGCUUAAAAGCAUGUCGGCCAGUUCCCUGACGGUGUCGUCCAGCAGCAGCCGAGGCUCGCUGGCGUCCAGUCGGGGCUCGCUGGCGUCCAGCCGAGGCUCGCUGAGCUCCAUCAGCUUCAGCGACAUCUACGGCGUCCCUCAGUACGAGCGCCACGACGGGGUGGCCGACACGCUGGAGCCGCACCUGCGCUACCUGCUGCCCCCGGAGGUGGUGUCCAGGGACUGCACCUUGUACAGCCCGGAGGCGUUGGGGGGGAGCAAAGCCAAGCGCUCCCACGACACGCCUCAGUCGCUGGCGUCCUUGUCCUCGCGCUCCUCGCUGUCCUCGCUGUCCCCGCCCAGCUCCCCCAUGGACACGCCCUACCUCUCCGCCCCCCAGGACUGCCCCCUCACCCAGAUGACGGAGGAGUACAUGGAGCAGGCGGGCCGCGGGCUGUUGGAGGGCCUGCGGGCGCAGUCGCAGUCGCAGGACCCCGCCGCCCUCGCCGCCCUCGCCGCCGGGCACCUCGCUGACGGAAAGAACCACAGAGACGCCGGCACUCAGGGCGCCUUCAGCGGAGUGACUCUGCGGGGAAACAGCGCCAACAGAAGCAGCAGGAGGACCAGGAGGGUCUCCGCAGGCGUGUCCGAGGACGCCCUGGCGACCGACAGCGGCGUGUUCGAGGCGUGGGGCAGGAAGGCGGAAGAGUCCGAGGACAUGUCCUUCACCAAGGAGCAGACCAUCCCCAACGAGCCCCCGCAGAUCCAACUGGGCCUGCUGUGGGAGUCGGCCUCGCAGUCUCUGCGUCUGCAUCUGCUCCAGCUGAAGAACCUCAGCAGGUCCGCCGUGAGGGACGGACACAAAGUCUUCGUCAAGGUGCACCUGAUGCCGCUGGACGUGGGCCGGGCCUGCGCCUUCUACUGCUGCACGGCGCUGGAGCCGCAGCCGCACGUCAGCUUCAACGAGGGCUUCCGCGUGCCCGUGCCCGCCAACGCCUUGGCGGCGUGCGCCUUGCAGCUGUCACUCUGCUCGCUGGGCCCGCAGGCUCAGGAGGAGCUCCUGGGGACAGCGCAGCUCGGCCUGGUGGACAGUGAAGGAAGUGCGGACAUGGUCUACCACUGGCUCAGGGUCCACAUGUUCAGCGGGGCCGCCGAGUCCCACAGAGCCGAACUGAGGAGCCUCAGCCAGCGGCGACAUCAGGAUGGACCCGAGGACGACCACAGACCCAGAGCUGCGGAGAGUGUGUGCACCUUGCUGUCUCGCACCAGCGCCCGCCUGGAGGAGCGCGACGCAGACGCGCUGAGGCUGCAGAAAAAGGAGGAGUCGGGGGAGGUGACGUCUGAGAGGAGCUGGCAGGCGGAGUCUGUGGACAGCGGCUGCAGCAACAGCACGGCGUGCGUGGAGGCUCUCUGCGUGGCCAGCGGAGGGCGCUGUGAGCGGCCGUCUGGCAAAUUGGCUGCUGUGAAGGUGGAGAAGUCCACCAUGACGGACGGACACUUUCCAGAGCCGGUGCGAGUGCGACCCAAAGAGCGGGGCGGCCGAUGGGGUCACGCCUCACCCUUCAUGCGGGGCGGCGCCAUCGUACGCUCGCAGACCUUCUCUCCUGGCGCCCGCAGUCAGUACGUCUGCAGGCUAUAUCGCAGCGACAGCGACAGCUCGACUCUGCCAAAGAAGUCUCCUUUUGUCAGAAACACUCUGGAGCGAAGAACUCUGCGCUACAAGCAGCAGUCGUACGGCUCCUCCCUGGCCGAGCAGCCCACGCGCACCUCCUUGGACCUGGAGCUGGACCUCCAGGCCUGCAGGACGCGCCAGAGGCAGCUGAUGGAGGAGCUGAGCGCCCUGAGGGAGCUGAAGCUGCGGCUGGAGGAACCUCAGCUCAGCGAGGCCGGCGAGCUUCCUCACUGGGCCCUGAGAGACGAGCGCUUCCGCUGCCUCCUCAGAGAGGCCCACAGACAGGCGGGUCAGAGCAAGCAGGAGCAGCGGCAGGAGGAGGAGGCGGGCAGGAGACUCAGGAAGGCUUCCAAGGAGGUCCUUCAGAUGAGGGGGCAGAGCCACAAGGAGCCACUUCCUGUUCAGACAUUCAGAGAGAAGAUGGCCUUCUUCACCAGACCAAGGUUCAACAUACCUCCUCUGCCGGCUGACGACGUGUGACGCACGCCGCGACUCCACAUGAAGUAUUGGAGCUACUUUCGCUUCCACUUUCCUCCCACGCCACCAGCAGUGUCUGCGGCGGCGAAAUGAUGAAGAAAGUCUUCCAUUCCUCGACUGUACUGUAACUUAUUUAUAGUACUCUUCCUUGAAGGACAGCAGAAAGGUCAAAGAAAGCUCCGAUAAAGAAAAACUGCUUCCUGCUUUGUACGCCUCUUUUGUAGCUUUGAACAAAUAGCACUUGAGUGUUGUUACUUAUCCUCCAUCUUUAAAGACAUAUUUACAUCACUUUGUAAUCACGUGACCUUAUUCCCACUUUCAUGUAUAACAUCAAACACUGUAUUCUUUUCUAACAUCUGCAGUGUUACCUCUUGUCAAAAUAAAAGCAUCCAAGCACAUCUGCAGUGUUACCUCUUGUCAAAAUAAAAGCAUCC